AUGGCGAGUGAUGGCACACAAUUUGUGUCAAGGCCUAUAGUUUCUGAGAGACAGAGAGAAAUCUUGAUGGAUCAAAUCCUGGCAAAAAUAGGAAUAAUGCCCAAAAGACCUAAUGACGCAGAUGAAUUUAAAAAUACACUGGUUGUUGGAUAUGACGUUGGAGCCGGAAUACGGGGCUUUGUUGGUAUGUACGUCAAUAAGAAGGACAGGUUUGAAUUGGUUCAGACUAUGCGUCCCGUUCGCGGUGAAAUUUGUGGAUAUGGCAUCCAAUAUGAUAUGGGCGUCAUGAUCAGACGAUACAUCAAUAGAAGGAAGGCAAUGCCUGAGAGAAUUAUCAUCUACCGUGAUGGUGUUGGCGAUCCUGAAUUUGAAGAGGUGAUUAAUACAGAGGUGGUGCAUAUAACAACCGCCAUUAGGAGACAAGAUAACCCGUUGAUCCCUGAUCAGAACAACCCGGGCAUGUUUGGUACGGCCCAGAGGACAACGGUAGAGCUGGUUUUUGUCGUCGUUCAGAAACGGAUAGCCGAGCGCCUGUUUUGUGCCAGAAAUGUUGGUGAAAAUAAACGAACAGUGGAAUGUGUGAAACCCGGCACAUUUAUCAAAGCCCACAUUAACAAGUGCCCAAAGCCUGGUGGCAAGUAA